ACUAGUUCGUUUUUACAAAACAAAACAAUGUAUUAGCAUUUCCUAAUCCAGUUACAACUGAAGCUACUCUGGAUUCUCCCGACUGUGCCAAUUUAAAUCGCUUUCUUAACUGAAGUGGAAAUUGGUGAUUCAGCAACAUUUCAUUACGGGCUCUUCCUUUCUUUUUCAAAAUAUCAAAUAGCACGUAGUAAUAAUGAGCAGGUCGAAGUUUACCAGCGAUGCAUUUGGCCUCCUGAUAUCCGAGAGGUUCAGAGUUCAAUCCAAGUUGAAAUGGAUUUUUCCACUCUCCACGAGUUUUCACAGAAAAAUGGCGACACUUGGAUACGAGGAAAUUGUAGUUCCUUCCAAAGAAGGAGAAAAAAAUGGAGCGGCCUUCAAUGACAGUGACAGUUGCAGGGCAAUUAUACUGCACGGCCUAAUGGGCUCUGGCAGGAACUGGAGACAUUUCUCCCAGCAGCUGGGAGCUUCAUUGCUAGAAAGGAGCUCUCAAAGUUCGCCAGGAUGGAGAAUGGUUGCGUUGGAUUUGAGGAACCAUGGACAAUCUGUGGGACGUGAAGGGUUCAAUCGGCCUCAUGAUAUUCCUGCUGCUGCCAGGGAUGUAGCGAAUUUGAUUAAGGUGGAGAAAUGGAAUUGGCCUUAUGUUGUGAUUGGUCAUUCCAUGGGUGGGAAGGUUGCACUUCAAUUUGCAGAGAGCUGCGCCCGUGGAGAAUAUGGACAAGAUAUAGUGUUGCCAAAACAGCUGUGGGUACUGGACUCUGUGCCCGGUGAAGUAGUAACUGACAAUAGUGAUGGUGAAGUAGAAAAAGUUUUGAGCACUCUGAAGACACUUCCAAAUCCAAUUCCAUCGCGAAGGUGGUUUGUUGAACAUAUGAUGAAUCUAGGAUUUUCAAAAACUUUAUCCGACUGGCUUGCUAGUAACCUUAAGAGAGUCAGCACUUCCAGUGAAGAGGUGACUUGGGUUUUUGAUCUUGAAGGAAUAUUUGAGAUGUUCCAAUCUUACAGGGAGAAGAGCUAUUGGUCUUUGUUGGAACAUCCACCUCAAGGGCUAGAUAUUUCCAUUGUACGUGCAGAGAAAAGCGAUAGAUGGAACUCUUCAGUGCUUACUCAAUUGGAAAGUGUCACAAAUAAAGAAAAAAAUGUUGACACUGGAAGAGUUUUCUAUCACGUUCUAAAAAAUGCAGGGCAUUGGGUACACAUAGACAAUCCAAAGGGCCUGAUAGAUAUAAUGGCCCCAUCUUUGAUUAGAUUGUCAAGCUCUUGAGACUAAAGAUUCUUGUAACAAUUUCAAUUUCAAAUAAACAUGACCCGCUCCCAGAACCAGUUGAAAUUGUCUGCAUAGAGGGCAUAAUCUUCAUAUUUGACGUGAAUUGCUUCACAGCAUGAUUAGGAAAGCCAUCAAGCAUUUGGAUUUGAUGUGAAAUGCAUGUAGUCAUUUGUUUUUAUAAUUUAUUAAUAAGUUUGAUUCA